ACUUUGGAUCAUGUCGAAUUAUUAAUCAUGUGCUUUAAAAAAUCACUAUUUUUUACUUAUACACGUGUAACCCCUCCCCCCACAAAACAUCUCUCGCAAAAUCUAGUCUGUUUUGGCGGCCAUGUUGGUAGGGUCGCUCUGUAGUAUUUAUUGUAAUUAUAGUAACGUAUGUUGGUUUAUAUCACGUUUAUAUAAUCUGAGCCUUGGUUGUGGUGUAAGGCGUUGUUUAGCGGGGGUGGCAGGUGAUGCAGCGGUGAAGAUGGACUUGUUACUCGAUAGCUGCGGAUCCCAAGCCCGGGCGCUCCCACUGGAUCACACCUGAGCAAGGGCGUCAAACGCGAAUUACUUCCGUGAAAAAGAUUCCCUGCCGAAAACGGCGAAGUUUGGGAAGGGCGCCGCCCGAGCCGGAUGGGCUGCGCUCCAUAUCCCGAGCUGUGAUUUUUGUCCGUGAUAAGGGGCCGUUUCCGGAGCUGCCCGGCGGGUCGAGGAGCGGAGACACGUCGCCCGGACUGCAAUCGGGAGUGAUCCGGGCUCCAGCAUGAAGCCCCGGCUGCACUUCGUGGUGGAUCCCAUGGGCUGGCUCUGCGUCAGCCUCGUCUUCCUCAUCUGGCUCUACAACUCCUUCUUCAUCCCUCGGCUGGUGCUGCUGCCCCACCUGUACGAGGGGCAUAUCCCCUGGACCGUGGUCGUAGGCUACUACGUGGCAUCGCUGCUCUGUGUCUCCGCCCUGUUCAGGGCCUCCACUGCGGAUCCUGGCCGACUUCCCCAGAACCCUCACAUCCCUCAUUCCGAGCGUGAACAGUGGGAGCUGUGUAACAAGUGUAACCUGAUGCGGCCGAAGAGGUCCCACCACUGCAGCCGCUGCGGACACUGCGUGCGCAGGAUGGACCACCACUGUCCCUGCAACACUAAUCCGGAGCGAUUUACAUACUGGCUGUUUGGACCGUUCCGUCGCCUUCGUUUCACGUACGGGGAGGACACAACCACCAUUGAGAAAAUGUCCCACUUCCUGGACCAAAUGAAGACGCCCAGGAGACCGUGGCAGCAGACAUUCGCCGAGGUGUUUGGCACCCGCUGGAAGAUCCUGUGGCUUCUGCCCUUUCGGAGAAGACGGCCUCUGCAGGCCAGCCACCACUACCCCAGCCACGUGUAGACAGAUGGAGGGGCCAGCUAUUCCCCACCACCCCCCCGCCCUCCAGCAACCCCCCCUGCUGGCUGCCAUCUUGCCUGCUUCUCUGCAGGAUCGGGCAACUCUCCGUCGCCAUUGCUCCACGCUGCUCAUGUUUCUUUAUUUAUACCCAAGAUAAAAAUGGCUGCCUCUGUCUGCCUCUGUGCGGGACAGCAGCUCCAGAGGGGCCUUGCUGACUGUGCGUUUGGGCGUUCUCACCCAGCCAGAAGGAACGUGUCUAAGCUCAGUCUCUCUUCUUUUUUUAUGCUCUUUUAUGUUUAUACCAUAUUGUACCUCCCCACUGUUUUCCGGUAUUUUCCUUUGCACCGAUUCCGUCCUGAGGAGCUUAGGGCUUGUGUGGGUACGCAUGUCACCUGCUUUUUCUAAUCGGUUAUAAACCGCGGCGGCGGCCCUGGGUUGUAUCAUUAAUGUGCAGUUGGGGCCGCAUGGGUUGGCCUUAGCGUUACCUACACCCAAAAAUAGGAUUACACUCCUGUUUAUGCAUAGAUAAGCAUCACACUAAGCCGUUUUCCCAGCGGUUGGACAGGGUAUGGAUUUUUUUGUUGCCGAUUUUCACUGAUCGACGUAAACAGUUUGUCCCUUAUCUUCUUGAGUCAUAUUGCAAAAUACACUUUGUCAUCUUCACCUUUUAUCUCAGUCACAUUCUUAUUCAGGAAAAGAUUUUAAUUUUAUUUCUCUUUUUAAAUGUUUACACUCCACUCUACCAGAUAACACGUGAAUGUUAGGAUAGAGAAUUCCCGAGCUUGGACUCUGGCUGUUAUCUGAUGGAGGUUUCAGGGAAGGUUGGAUGGUACUGUAUGCAGGGGUAUGUUUUGAUCCUUGAGAGUGUGUGUGUGUGUGUGUGUGUGUGUGCGCGCACAUCCUUGCGUGCACAAUUAGCCACUGACAUGCACACGAGCAUGAUGAUACAUUUUUCCUCCUCAUUCGCAAUGACCCUUAAUUUGAAUGUUAAUGUUUGUUUUCUUGACGUCUCUGCAUACGGGUGAAUCGGCAUUUUGCUGUUAAGAGACGGUAGAGAGGUGUGGAUCUGAGUUCUCCAAGAGGAGCUGAGUGGCGAUUAUGGUGUCGACAAGAGAAAAGCAGGACUAAGCAUAUUGAGACGGAUGGGCAUUAACUCCUUUAUUGACAUUGUAUGUUGAAUAUAAUCACUCAAUAGUCUGAAGUGCCUCUAGAACUUUCUUUAACUUAUUGUUUGUUUUGGUGGUGCAUGUCAACCCAUUGAUCACUAGACCAAAGACUGUAAUAUCUGUAUUUGAUGCGUGCAGUUAACUGGUAGAACUAAUAGUGGUGUAGUAACAUUUCGGCUGCAGUGUUUACUGCCUUUCCUGACACAAUAACCUUCAAAUCACCAUAACAUCUUACCUAAACAUCAUACCUAUGUUCUUUUGUUGCUAUAGCAAAAUUUAUUGAUAUACUUUUAUCUUCGAUUUAGUUUCUUUUUCCCAUUUUCUUUUUAUCCUUAAGAAUGUUAGGGUAAACAUAUAACCGGUACACUACAUUUCAUAUUCCUGCUUUCCAUAUUUAAAUCCUAACGCUGUGUCUUAAUGGAGUAAAUAUUGCAUCAGUUUAGGUCUAAACUCCCACUCAGAUGUAUGUAGUCAGAUGUAGCCACUUCUAGCCCUACUUGCAGAGAAUCGGUAAAAUAGUACCUUGUUCUCCACUGCCGUACACACAGAGAAACGAACCCAAUAUUCCAGACUUGUGAGUCUAGAGUGAUACAUGGAAGUUACUAACAUAUGAGGUGUAUUUCAAAAAUGGUUUUUGUGCCGUUAUUUUAAAAAUAUUAUUGGUUUGCACUGUACCAGUUUAAGUGUCUUUGUAAGUAUGGAAUACUGAAGAAUGCGCAACUCUAAACUUGUAUAAAAUUCCUUAGAGAGAUGUAAAGUUGCUCUAUGUGGUCUUAUGUGUAUCCUUGCUACCAAGUGUGUAAUUUGGUGACUUUCAUUUUUACAACAUAUAUUUCUAAAUGCAUUGAAAAAUGCAUCCUGUAGGUUGUAUGUGAAACGUCACCAUGAAACAUUGUAAUGUUUGUUCCGGAUAUGUUUGCUUGCCGUUCCUGAUUAUUUUAAAAUGCUUUUUAAGAUUGCUGGACCUGAAUUAUAUGUAGGGCGUACCUCCUGUGAUUCACGCAUAUCUAAACACUGCUACUUUUGCCAGGUAUGACUGUGGUGGAGGAGUACGAUCCAACGAAACCAGAAGACUGGUUUCGUUGGAUCGCAAUGAUCUUUUCAAUGACGGCCACCCAUCAGCCUCACCGUUACCCGUGUGAUCUUAAAAUGCUCAUGUCAAAGAUUUCAAGCGCUGUCGCUUCAAUGUGUGAAUACAUUGUUUGAAUGCUAAGUGUCGUACAGACAAAAUUUAGUAAUUGUAAUAUCACCACAGACUUCAAUUAUUAUAGACACCUAUAGCAAAUAGUUUUUUUUUUUAUAUAUAUACAAAGGGUAAGACUGUAAGAAGGGGAUCGGAUAUAUAUAAAUAAAUAUAAAAUAAUUAGUUGAAAAGCAAUAAUGUUUUGCUUCCUCGUUAGAAACACCAGAACUGCCUUCCCCAAUGCCUAGAAUCCAACAGGCUAAGACGCCAUUACGGCUCUAAUACAGGCCCCUCAUCUCUGUGUCACGCAGCCACAAAUCUGAACUCUGACUCUUGGCUGAGAGCUGCAUCAUGAACUGCUGUCAUAAGGAAAACCAAGUGGUGAAGGACACUUGUGGUCCCUGUGCUUCCUUUGCGGUCAGCAACAAUAGGUAGAGAGCUGCAGAGAGCAUUAAAGCAGGGAUUGGCUGGAGCUGGCGUGCUUCUCGUUUGAUUGGACAGGGUCACACUUAGGCCUGCCCAGAGGCCGUGACUUUGCUGUAUUCUGAAAAACACUUAUACGGGCUGCGUCUUACUAUUACUUCCUCACAUACCACAAACUGACUGUUCAUUGCGCUCCACACACUGUAUUAAAUGUCUCUCGACAAAUUCAGGUGUCAUACUAAAUGUCAUUUUCAGUGAGUUUUCUUUUUACUUUUGAUGUUUCAGGUUUUUGAAUUUAAUUUAUUUAUUUUUUGCUGGGGACUUAAUUUUUUUUGUUGUUGUUGUUAUGGGCACAUAUAUUAAAAAUGUAAUUUAUUAUGUUUUUAUAUAUCAAAUAAAUGGUUUGUUAGCACCGA